GGUCACCGCCCGCCGCACCCACCUCCCAAUUCUUCCUUAGGUCUAACUCAAUCCCCUUCCUCAGCCCUCGCUCGGUUUUUCCUGUGCUUACACCCUGGAAGCGGGCACAGGGGUGGGGGCAGGAUUCGCGGAGGGGCUUGAGCGCUCAGCCUCAGCACGAGUAAGGGCUAUCGGAGCCAAGAGAAUCAGGCAGAGCCUCCCCCCUACUUCUGCACGCACAUCCUCCCGGCUCCUUCGAAGGGAGCUGGCCAUUCCCAGGCCCCCCAGUUGCAACUGUGAGUUGGGGGGUGUGCUCUGGGAUUCCUCUGACUGGGGCAGCUGGAAGGGGCUCUACACUGGGAAGGCUUCCUGGGAGGUGGUGUGGGAGGGGCAGAUUUAGAGGCAGCCUAGCCUACUGGAGCAACCUUAGGCCCAGUGGCCUGCUCCUCCUUCCCAUCCCUCCAGGCAGGAGAGAUGGAAGGUGGAAUGCUGAGUUCUGGGUUUUGUCCACCUGGUGGUGGCUGGUGGUGGCACGUACUCACCUGUGUUCCAGGAGGGCGGUGCCCAGGGUGGGGCAGGGGCCCUUGGGUGGUGUGACUCUGGCCAGACCAGGAAGUAGGGACCCUACGUUCUGGUCCCAGCUCUGACCUGACUUGUGCACCAAUCUGUGGGUACGUGUCCGUAUCUUGCACCUUGGUUUCACUCUUGACUAAGUCUCUAGGAGCUGGGGCUGGAAAGGAGAGAAAUGAAGCUGAAAUCUGAGGUCUUUUUUUUAGAAAUAUAGGGCUGCCCAGAGCUCAAAGAGCAGCUUCUGGUUUAAAAGGACUGUGGUCCACUCCUUUGCCUUCCAGCCCUCGUGGGCACAGGGCACUGAGGUUUGACUGAACCCCAGAGGUCAGCGGUGUUGCCUUUUAAGCCCAAGCACGUAUGGAUGGUGUUAAUUAGCCACAGUCAUGUGGGGCCAUCAUCCCUGGAGUGCCCACAAAGUGCAGGACGCUGGGUGGGCAUUAUUCCUGUUCCCAGCACCCCAUGAGUUGUGCCUGCUACAUUUGGCAUGCUAGGAAACGAGCCCGCACAGCUCCCAAAUGCUAAGGGUGGGUUCCACUCAGGUCCUGGCUGACAGCUCUGUGCAGCUGUCCUUCUGCUGCCUGCCCCCCCCAUGCUCCCGCCCUUCUCACCUGACUCCACAUCUACUUCACCCAGCCCUGCUGACUCAAGCCUGGGGAUCACUGGUCCAGGUGUUCUCCAUCGCCGUCUUCGGGCCCAUAGUCAACGAGGGCUACGUGAACGCCGACAGCGACCCGGAGCUGCGCUGCGUCUUCAACGGCAACGCGGGUGCCUGCCGCUUCGGCGUCGCGCUCGGCCUUGGGGCCUUCCUCGCCUGCGCCGCGUUCCUGCUGCUCGACGUGCACUUCCAGCAGAUCAGCAGCGUCCGCGACCGUCGCCGUGCGGUGCUGCUCGACCUGGGCUUCUCAGGGCUCUGGUCCUUCCUGUGGUUCGUGGGCUUUUGUUUCCUCACCAACCAGUGGCAGCGCACGGCGCCCGGGCCGGGCACGACGCAGGCGGGAGACGCGGCGCGGGCCGCCAUCGCCUUCAGCUUCUUCUCCAUCCUCAGCUGGGCGGCGCUUACCGUGAAGGCCCUGCAGCGGUUCCGUCUGGGCACCGACAUGUCGCUCUUUGCCACCGAACAGCUGGGUGCUGGGGCGGGCCAGACCUACCCAGGCUACCCAGUGGGCAGCGGUGUGGAGGGCACCGAGACCUACCAGAGCCCGCCCUUCACCGAGACUCUGGACACCAGCCCCAAAGGGUACCAAGUUCCUGCCUACUAGUGGCCAGCAGGCCCAGACCGAGGCACAAAGGCUGCCCCACCAAUGCAGGAUCCAAGGCUUCCUGGGACCUCCCUCAGGUCCUCCUGGCCCAACAGCAACGUGUGGAUGCUGUGGGCCAUCUGGGGCCAAGAGAGGGUAGCCUCCAGGGUGACUGGGGCUGUGCCCCCCAAGUUCCUCCGGUCCCUUUAGUCCCCAGCCCAGGGCCAGAGGUCCUGAGGAGAGAACAGCACAGCCCUGGGCACGUGUCCUUCAGCCUCCAGUGGACCAGCCUAGGCAGCGGGCCAUUCCCCUCAUGAGCCAGCCAGGCAGGGCUCACCUGUACACUCUGGGGUCAGGUGUCCAGCUGCCCUCCAUAGCCAGGUGCAGGGGCUGCCCUGGACUGGGGGUGACUGGGGGAAGGGACACCACCCUCACCCCGUGGCCACUGUUCCCCAUCCCCUGUCCCUGUGGGUAGUGGUGGUCCUUGCUCUGUCCCGGUGGUUCACCCUGUAGGGCCACGUGCUCUGUCUGGAGCCUCCCUCCAUUUCCUCUCACAGGCUCACUAGAGUAGCCCAGCCCUGUCGAUGUUGUGAUUGUGGUCAAGUCUUCAGGUUUCACCUCGUAGUUCCCCACAAGCAGCCCCUAUUUUCUGUGGCCCCAGCUCCAGCCCUUACCUGCCUUGGCCCAGGCCCUUGCUGGGGUGCGGGCAGCUCUGGCCAGGAAAGCACAACAUGGCUGUAGACCUGGGCAUCAGCCCUCUCCCAGCCCUUCAGUGAGACCUUGCCCAAGGGAGGCUCCAGACACCUGGGUGCCCAGCAGGACACGCCCCUCACGAGGAGAGAGGCCUAGAGGCUUCACCUUCCCACCGUGCCCUGGAGACAGCCAUUCCCCGCAAACCCCUUUACCUCGUCUCCCUGGACUAGUCCCUCCGCUCCCCAUGCUGCACCCCAUUUUAAGGCCCAGCCCAAGGUUGGGGGUCCCUUUGCAUAGCUGAGUACUCAUGCAUUGCUCAAAGCUGGCUUUUCACAUUAAGUCAAUACCAAAUGCGGUUGCCACAUUACAUUUUUACAGACAGAUGCCUCCCUCUGGAGUUGCAGUUGAGUGACAACCCUGUACGUUGUAGCAUAGACCAACUAUUUGUGGAUAUUUAAGUGAACAUGUUUACAAUUUUUGUAUAUAUGGGUCUCUCCCUCCCUCUUCUGAAAGAACAAUCCGUGAUUGUGUAUUUUCAGUGUCCCAUGUUCCAACUGCAACUUCUUUACAAUAAAGACUGUAAAUGAGUUUACUGUGGCCCAGA